CAAGGACGUCCCAAGAUGGCCCCAAGAAGGCUACAUAACGGUCCGUAGCCAAAAUGGCGCAAGCCAUUAUGGCUCAAGCAGCGCCUGCGUCCUUGCUUCGGGGCCGCCACCAGGCCUAAGGGCGGUGAGCGCUGGGGCGCGCCCAUCGACCAUGGAGGCUGCCACCCAGAUAGAGAGAACCCAGCGGAAAAUGUUCGCCUCUGUGUGCGCCACUUGGUUCGUGUUGGGCGGCUGCGUUCUGCUCGUCCGCGUGGCCAAGCAGGAGAGGCACAAGUCGCGACGGUUGUCGGUGGUCUCGUACUUCGGCCAGCUGAGGGGACUGUGCAGGAGCUUAGCGCUGACCCUGGCUGGCGCAGUGUGCGGCCUCUCCGCGAAGCAGGUGGCCCAGGAGCUGCAAAAGAGGCGGCUGGCUCGCAUGCGUGCCGCGAUGCCCUAUGCCUGCGUAAGCGUUGCAUGCGUUUUUGGAAACGGUCUGUACUUGGCCGCCCAUGGUGUCUCACGCCCGUUUUCCGUCGUACAGGAUGUCUGUCAGUUUGUGGGCUGUUUCAUCCUUCUCUUUCUUUGGGCGUUUCCUUCAAGCCUGACGUCCAGAACAGUGGAUGUGUGGUUUUCCUUAGUGAUGGCAUGCGUUGUCCUGUGGGUCUCACCUUUAGCCUCACAAGGUUUUUUUUCAGGCCCCUCCAUCAUACUGCCUCUUGGUGGUACUUUGUCGAUGUGCUUGCUCAACAUGCACCACUUCGACUUCAUAUGGCUAUGGCUCGUGUCUUUGUCAAUGUGCAGCACGAUAUAUCUCGGCGCCGCCAGCCCGCUGGAAGAUUGUCUGACAGGACGGGGGGAGAGGGCUGGUCGGGUGCUGAUGGCGACUGUUGUCCUCACCUUUUUUGUCGCGUGCUUGUACCAUUCGUUCUACUUGGCCGUGUCGUGCGACAUGGAAGCGAACGUGUCGCGGAACGAGCUGAAGGCCGCGCGCUCGGUGCUGCGGGGCGUCUGCGACGUCGUCGUGGAGCUUGACAGCGACUUCCGGCUGCAGGACGGGUGCCCUGAGCUGGCGGACCUUCUCCUGCUGAACCCGCGGCGCCCCCUCCUGGGCGAGGACCUGAGGCAGUUCCUGGCGUCCCAGCAGGACCGCAAGAAGUUCUCCGAGCAGUUGGGCAAGGUCUGGCUGCUGGGCGAGGAUGAGGUCGGGCUCAGCGCGGCGUUCCACGUCUCCAUGAAGGACAGCUCCAGCAUACCCCUCGACGUCGAGGUGUUCUGCGUGCGCUUCGUCAACCGGGAGGGGCUGGCCGCGUACUUCGUGGGCGUCCGCGAGUUCACCGACACAGCCCCGAUGGUGAGGGACAGCGCGUCGGAGAGGACGCGGCCUGGCGGCAGACUGCGCGGCCCGCCGAGCGCUUGCACGGCACACUUCAUGCCCCCAGCCGCGCCUGCGGACUCCACGGCCCCGGCCUCCAGCCAGGCGUCCUCGGACGUGAGCUCCGAGUCCUGCUCGCUGGACGCGAGCUGGGAGGACCCGGGCGCCGAGGUGGAGCCCGUGGCCUGGGUCGACGUCCUCACCCCGAACUACUCCGUGAGGCUCGAGACCCCCGCGUUCACGGAGCACGUGGACGCCCGGGGCGAGCUGCUGACCGCCAUGCGGCAGUCUCAACAGAGCGAGUUCGCAAGCUGGGCACAGGAGGCGUAUUUUGCCCUCCUGGAGGAGGGCGCCGCUUCCGCCCACCAGCAGUACCACAGGCGGCUCCACUUCCGGUCCUUUGCGCAGCAGGGCUGCGCCCUCGGCCCGAGGCCGUCGAGGCGGCUGCCCUCGGCGCUCCUGCGGCUCGACCUGACGCGGCCGCCCGACGGCCAGGACCUCGGCCGCGGAGUGGUGCGCAUCGUCCUCCAGGACAUCCUGCUGGGCCAGCGACCCGCCCUCGCAGGCGGCGCGGCGCCGCCCGAAGCGGCGGGCGGCCCCGCGCAGCGCGAGGGCGCCGUGUCUCGGCCGCCCAGCUGUGGCCCCGCAGCGCAGCCUUCGCAGGCAGUGGGGCUGGGGAAAGCUGCUCGUAACCUGUGAGGCGCCAGGGCCGCCGACGCGCGGGCCGGCUGCAGCUCCGCCCAGCUCCAAGAGAGCAAGGGUUGCUCACAACUGUGCUCAGCCUCCGUGUCGCCGAGAGUCCCGACGCCUGGCCCAGGUCGGCGGCCAGGCCUGCUGUUCGCGGAGUUGGCGGAGUCAUCUGCUCGCCCCGCCGUCCAGACCGAUUUCUCGGCAUAUAUCCUCCCUGGGUUCCCCCUGGGGCGCCACAGCAGCCCGCAGGUGUUGUUCCCCAUCAUCCGUUUAUCCUGUCUCCCAGUCGUGAGAUUGCAUAUUUUUCUCUCUAGUUCGCCCCUGGGGCGCCAAAGUUUCUCCUGUCUCCCAGUCGUGAGAUAGCAUUCUUCCUUUCAGUUAGCUGACGGAAGCCUCGGAAACGCCCGAGGCAACGAUAGUGCCACGAGUUUCGGAGUGCAGCGCAACGAUAGUGCCACGAGUUUCGGAGUGCAUGCGCACUGUGCAAAAGCUUGCGCGGGGCGCAUCGCGGGUCUUCGUGUCUCGUUGCCGUCGGGGGAGAACGUCUUGUGGUGUGCUACCUUGGACUGCGACGAUCGGCCCCCUUUCGGCGAACCUAGAUGGCUUCUCGCCCUAUGGAAGUGAUCUCUCAGAGCGAGAUCACGUCAAGCCUGCAGUGAAGACUUGCCAGAGAGAACUGGAAGAUGGAAGAUGACCC